CUGAUUUACAGUGAUCUGACUCGAUCCACAGGUUGGAUUGCGUUUCGUUAUUCGUUAUUAUGAGUUGCUUCGGUCCCAAUCGGACCAUGUGUUCGAGUUGUACAAUCAGACCAGCUCCAUGAUCCGUGUCGAUGGAGGAGUGUUUUCUAUGGCAAACGGUAAAGAGAAUAUCCGUCGACUACUCUCGUCGGUGAAUUCCCCUGAUGUAGUUGAAAUCAAGACAAUAGACACUCUUGCCUCAAUAGAGGGAGGGGUUCUUGUGACUUUCUCUGGUGUCAUAAAAGCUUUCGAUAGAUCAAGGCCGUUUAGGCAAAUCUUUAUCAUCUCUCCAUAUGGGAUGGGAGAGGACGACUAUCUCCUAGAAAACGACGUGUUCUUAUAUCUUGAUAGUGAGAUGCUUGAACUUUCUCAGCCAGCAGAGCAACAUAACUUUGUUCUUCAGCCUUCUACAUCGCGCCAUCAUUCACCAAUUAUAUUUGGCCAGCGGGUUAAUCCCCAGUCUCUUGCUUGGCACCAUCCUUUACCAGGUAUCAUUGGCCAUGGGUUGGAUACUCAACCUUCUACGUCACAAAGUGGUUCACCAGGUAUAAUUAGCCAGGGGGUUGAUGCUCAGCCUUCUACCCCGCACCAUGAUUCACCAGAUGUAAUUGGACAGGGGGUUCAGCCUUCUACUUUGAUCCAUGGUUCAUCAAGUAUAAUUAACCAGACUGUCGGUUCUCAGCCUUCUACUCCACACCAUGAUUCACCAGAUGUAAUUGGACAGGGGGUUGAUUUUCAGACUUUUACUUUGAUCCAUGGUUCAUCAAGUAUAAUUGACCAGACUGUUGGUUCUCAGCCUUCUACUUUUUCCCAUGGUUCAUCGGGUGUAAUAUCCCAGGGGGUUGAUUUUGAGCCUUCUACUUUGCCACCAGAUAUAACUGACCAGAGGGUUGAUUUUUUGCCUUCUACAUUUUCCCAUGGUUCAUCAAGUAUAAUUGACGGGACGAUUGAUUCUCAGCUUUCUACUUUGCCUCAUGGUUCACCAAGUGUAAUGGGCCAGGGGGUUGAUUUUCAGCUAUCUACUUUGCCCCAUGGUUCACCGGUUAUAAUUGGGCAGAGGGUUUAUUCUCAGCCUUCUACUUCGCCUCGCUGUUCACUAGAUAUAGUUCUCCAGAGGGUUGACUCUCAGCCUUCUACAUCAUCUUGUCAUUCACCAAGUAUCAUCGACCAGAGGGUUGAUUCUCCAUUUUCUACUUUGCGCCGUCCUUUUGAGGCACCAGAUACCGACUCUCAGGAGUAUCACCCGGAGGUGCCUGAGCUCCACCCUCCAUCAGAUGAGUUCCAAGAGCCAAUUGAUAAUAAAAAUUUACAUGACUAUCUCUUCAUGGAUGCAUUGGAAAAACUCGAAAAGGCACAGUUACAUGACUAUCUUCCCAAAGAUAGAUUGGAAGAACCCGGAACGCCGACUUAUGCUUCUGUAUUGCGGCAUGGAGCAAAAUCCACAAGUGCACUGCAAUACGCAGCCCCCAGUCGGCCACAGUCCCGAGUUGUCUCCAAGCAAGAAACAUGGCCGCCUAAAGAAGUAAAGGCUGUCUGUCUGAAAAACUUGCCUCAUACAGCCACGUUCGCUAAAAUUUAUCAAACAUUUAAGAAGUUUGGGAAGAUCAAGGCUGAUGGAGUCGUCUAUAGGAACCAGCCGGAAUCUGGAAGUUGCUAUGCGUUUGUUGAGUAUGAAGAUCGUCAGAGUGCUUGGAAUGCAAUCCAGGCGUAUUCGGUUAAAUUAGAUGGACAAGACGUUUUCAUACAUGAGAGAAGAGAAAGAUAUUGGUAGAAGUACGUACACUAUACAAAAUAUUUCGAUAUUAGAUGGUUCUAACCACAUUUUACAAUUAUUUUGUUGGUGCAGAGAAGUCUGAUAGUGGGGCAAGAGAAGCUUUUCUUGGUUGCAUUUUUACCAAACAAUCGAAGAGGUUCGGACACCAUUCCCAUGACAAAAUAUUGCUGUAAUUCGACGACAAACAUGAACCUAAUGUGGCUACAAACAUAGCAUUGCUAUUCGAAAAUAUGAAAGAAUAUAUGCUGUGUUGAUAAAUGCAUAUCCAAUCUUCACAAUUUAUUCACUCACCUUUAAAAUCUUUCAGUUCCUUUUUAUUUUCUUCAUUGAUUGAUUAAUCAUCUAAACAUUCAUUUUACUCUUAGGCAGAUGCCGAGGCGACGAAGCCCUGGUGCAACACCGGCUGCAAGUCCCGGGUAAUUCCAUCAUCUUCUUCCUCCUCGUCUUCCUCUGCAUCCCAUAAGAAGCUAGCAUAGGCUGCGUGUACAUGGCUGCACAUAAUAGACAUGAUGUAAUUACAAGAAGAUCAAUAUAUCAUUUACUUGUGUCCAUUACAAAUGGUUUUUGUUUCUCUAACCUGUCGUCUGAUGAUGCCUGAAUUGCUCUUUCGAAAUAAUCGGCUGCUCUUUUGUUGUCAUGGUGAAGCUCCCAUAUUAACUUGGCAUAUUUGGACAGGAUUUCUCCAUCUUUUGGAUCUGCUAAGAUUGCCCUUGAAUAAUACUCUUCUGCUGUUUGUAGAUCUCCCUUUUCCUGCUCACAGAUUAGAAAUUAGAACACCAUUGUUACAAUGAUUUUGGAAAUUGGUUAGAACAGUGCAAGAAAAUGAUUGACUUGCCUGAUGCAAGAAUUGGGCAUAGUUUCUAAGGACCAUAGGGUUCCCUGGAUCUCCCUCUAACAUCUUCUUGUAGUGUUCUUCCAUUGUUGGCCGGCCGCCAUUGCCGCCGCCGCCGCCCUCGGCAACCACCGGAGGCCUGUAACUUCCGCCGCCGCCGCUGUUGCCGCCAAUGUCGGCGGUUAAGCUCAGCCCGGACACACCUAGCCCUGUUGCAAGGUACAUCCUCCCCUCUUCCAUAACUAUGUUCGAUGAUUUAGCGAGAAACCCUUCCAAUUCGAAUUCUUGAUGUUCUUGUUCUUCUUCUGGUUCGUCGUCACUGUCGGAAUUAGUUCCCAGGUGAGUCGAGAAGGAUGGAAUAGCCUCCAAGCUUCGAAAAUUGGUCUUUCUUGCAGGCUUUUUGGACAGGCUGAACUCAUCGGCGCCGGCGCCGGCGACCAAAUCCCCCAAAUUACCCUCCGACUGCGCCCGCCGGAAGCGACCGCCGUCGACCCCUUUGGCCUCGCCGACAGAAGGGGAAUAUUGAAACAGUGGCUUCCCGUGAGAUCCUCCAUUGUUAUUAUUAUUGAGACAUGAAAUCUUCGAUCCUGAGGUGUGUCUGUGUGUGCAGCCAUGGAGUUCCGACAGGUGCUGGUGGCUAUUGCUGCUCGGACUGUCGGAGAAUGACGCAAGAAGAGACCCGAGAAUCGGCGUCGACGAGCUUCUCAACAUCAUAUUUGUUUUCCGGUGAACUUCUUCUUCCCCAAUGAAAUCAAUUGAGAUCUGAAUUGAAGAAAAAAAAAACUAAA